AUUAGUCGCGCCCUCUAUACCGGUAUCCACCUAGCUAUUGACAAGAAGAUGAAGAUGUUCUCGAUUGCAUUAUUGUUCCUUGUAGCUGAAGGAGUUGUUUCUCUGGAAUGUCCUGCUCAAAAAGAUGCUGAAGUCCUGAUACUUGGAGCUGGUAUGGCAGGCAUCACUGCUGCGAGAACACUGCACGACAGUGGGAUAACUAAUAUCAAAAUACUGGAAGCAAACAGCAAGAGAAUUGGAGGAAGAAUGAGAAAUGUAAGUUUUAUGGGAGUCCAGGUAGAAACUGGUGCCUACUGGAUACACGAGAUGCCUGAAAAUCCACAGACAAUCGGUGGGCCUGGGGUUAACCCAAUCUGGACUCUGGCUCGUGAUCCAAGCAAGUGCUUUGCAGAAGUCCUUAAAGGAAAUUAUACUGGUGAGUCUGAAUAUAUGGAUACUAACAGUACUGGGAAUUACAAUGUCGUCAAUGCUGAACCAGUCAUUGAGGAAUACAACGAAAUAUUUUUCGAUAAAAUAUUCGAAAACGAUUCAGAUAUCUCAGUUAGGGAUGCAUUAAGAUAUGAAGGGUGGAAUCCUGAUACUCUAUUAAAGCAACUUGUCGAAUGGGAUAAAUUUGACUAUUCUUAUGCAACAACAACUGAUCGAUCAUCUCUUCCUUUAUUGAUUGCCGAAUAUGACCAAUAUAAGUUUGAGGGUGAGUCUGAUUUCAGGGUUACUGAUCAGCGUGGGUAUGUUUCGAUUGUUCAUUGUAUUGCUGAGCCUUUUUCAAAUAAAAUAGAAUUAGGAGCAGUGGUUACAAGCAUUGAUUGGAAUGAUGAGUGUUUCUGUGCUGAUGUUGCUGGGCAGGGAAGGGUCUGUGGUGAUUAUGGCAUUACAACAUUUUCUAUUGGAGUAUUGCAGAACUUUCUUGAAAAUGGUCGAUUUAAUGGAACUCUCAGUAGCAGAAAAAUUGCUGCAAUAGAAAAUUCAAGAAUGGGUCUGUAUUUUCCAAUACUUGUUAGUUUUCCGAGCUCAUUCUGGAAUACAGAAACUGACUAUAUACUUCGUACUGACACCCGAUAUGGCUAUUAUCAUGCAUUGGAGCCUAUUGGUAGAGGUCUACCAGGUUCACCUGCAAUGUGUACAGUUCCUUUAACUGGUGAUGAAGCUAAAAGAGUAUCAAGUCUCACUAAGAAUGAAAUCUACAAUGAAAUCAUGGAUGUGAUGCAUCUUUGGUAUGGUAGUAACAUUCCCAAUGCUACUGACAUUGAAUAUUACGACUGGUAUAAUGAUGAGUUUUAUCGUGGCAUGUUUUCCAACAUUCCACUAAAUCUAACUCUUGAAGAAAAAGAAAACCUUGCUGUACCAGAGGGAAGAUUAUACUUCAGUGGUGAAGGUGUCAUUGUCUAUUCUACUGGAACUGUUCAUGCUGCGUACUGUAGUGGCAUUGAUUCUGCCACUGAUAUACUAGAAAAGAAAGGCCUUAGUGAGAGGAGUACCUUUCUACCCAAAUGUGAAGAUGGAACUACAAUGCCACCAUCUCAAACACCAAGUCCUACUCCAACAACUACAGCGCCUCCUUCCUCUGCUUAUUCUGUGGGCAGCACUUCUCUAAUUAGCCUCAUCAUAGCACUCUUUGUUGCUAGUCUUUUUGCUGCAUUUCACUAAACACAAUAUAUAGUCUAACUUUUGAUGCUGUUUCUUGUUAGGCCAUUUUUACACUACAGUAUUUUAAUUUUGUUUCUAGAUAGAUUUUUGUUAGUUGCUUUUCUUUCCCUAAUUAUAAAUUAGAUGAAUGCUUUAAAA